UUGGUGUAACCCUGGGGUAAGCCCCGCCUCUUACCUUCCGCUCUUCUUCUUCGCCGAAGUACUUGAACUCUUGCCAGAGUUUCGUCCUUGGAGACGCCGGGGUAGCUUGGCCGUGAAGAUGCCGCGUGGAAGCCGCAGCCGUACCUCCCGCAUGGCCCCUCCGGCCAGCCGGGCUCCUCAGAUGAGAGCCGCCCCGAGGCCAGCACCAGUAGCUCAGCCGCCAGCAGCAGCCCCACCAUCUGCAGUGGGCUCGCCCGCCGCGGCACCCCGACAGCCAGGCCUGAUGGCCCAGAUGGCCACCACUGCAGCUGGCGUGGCCGUGGGCUCUGCUGUUGGGCACACGCUGGGCCACGCCAUCACUGGGGGCUUCAGUGGAGGAAACAGUGCUGAGCCCUCGCGGCCCGACAUCACUUACCAGGAGCCCCAGGGAGCCCAGUUAGCACAGCAGCAGCAGUUUGGCCCUUGCUCCUACGAGAUAAAGCAGUUUCUGGAGUGUGCCCAGAACCAGAGUGACGUUAAGCUCUGUGAGGGUUUCAAUGAAGUCCUGAGACAGUGCAGAAUUGCAAACGGGUUAGUCUAAUCAAGAAGCUCAGGAUGAAGCAGAAAAUUGGAUCUCAUGACCAAGUUACUUUAGCAUACAGAUGUAAUCAGUAGUGUAAAGCCGCCUGGUCAGCCUGUCAUCUGCUGUGAAGAGCUUCCUUAGUGGAAAUUCAUUGAGAUGAUACUGAAUUUGGGGCUGGACAGAUGUUUGGUCUCCUUGAACAAGCUGUUGUAAUGUUAUUGUUUAUGAGUAGAAUAAAGUGAUUUUCUUCCAAGA